AUGUCGCGAAAAAAAGAAUUUCGAAAUUGCUUUUAUAACAAGUGUGGAGUGUUUUUAGUGUAUUUGUUUGCAUAUAAAACUUGUCCAUCCACGCUAAUAUCGAGUGUAUAUUAUCCAACGAAUUCGCAAUUUUCAAGUCAUACUCCAUCACCAUUGUUAACGAUCAAAUUAACAUUGCCAUGGCGGUUUAUUUUACUGAGUGAAGAGCCUUUUCAAUAUUUUUACCAUAUCGACAGUGAUUUCUCAGUAACUUUACUCAUCAUCAUUUUGAUUUGUUUUCAGAAUUCACAUUCCAUCGGAUUUUAUUUUUUGAAUGAUAUGUGUUGAUCUGUAACCAUAUAUCUAUCAUC